UUCCGGGUCGCGGCGCGACUCGGGCCAACUGAGCUGCUACUCUGCCGGCGGGCGGCGGCGAGCAGCGGGGGCAUGAGGGCGAGCCCGGAAGGCGGCAGCUGAGCCGGCCGGGAGGAUCGCCAGCCCCCGAGGUUUCCGGGAGUUCGGGGCUAGGGCCGAGAGGCACAGAGGAGCCGGACCCUGCCCCCCAGGAACGUGUCCCGGGCCGCCCCGGCCGGUAGUGUGGCUGCACCUUCAGAUUAGGAAGACUCAGGAUAAAUUACACAGCUGGCACAAGACAGCCAGGAUUCAAACCCAGGUGUGUUCGUGGAGAGUUUGAGAAGCACUGUACUUGUACCAGGAUCCCUCUAACUGGAUCUUGGCACAUGGUAGGUGCGCCUGUGUAACAAUAUGAAGAGGAGAAAAUAGCCUUUUAAGGAAACUGGCCCACAGAAAGGAUGGCCUUCUUGGACAAUCCAACUAUCAUUCUAGCUCAUAUUCGACAGUCACACGUGACCAGUGAUGACACAGGAAUGUGUGAGAUGGUUCUCAUUGAUCAUGAUGUUGACCUAGAGAAGAUUCAUCCUCCUUCAAUGACUGGAGACAGUGAGUCUGACAUUCAGGGAAGCAAUGGUGAGACUCAGGGCUAUGUAUAUGCCCAGUCAGUCGAUAUUACCUCAAGUUGGGACUUUGGUAUUAGGAGACGCUCAAAUACAGCUCAAAGAUUAGAACGACUUCGAAAAGAGAGACAAAACCAAAUCAAAUGCAAGAAUAUUCAGUGGAAAGAAAGAAAUUCUAAGCAAUCAGCCCAAGAGUUAAAGUCACUGUUUGAAAAAAAGUCCCUCAAAGAGAAAUCUCCAAGUUCUGGAAAGCAGUCCAUAUUAUCUGUACGCCUAGAGCAGUGCCCUCUGCAGCUGAAUAACCCCUUUAAUGAGUAUUCCAAAUUUGAUGGCAAGGGUCAUGUAGGCACAACAGCCACCAAGAAGAUCGAUGUCUACCUCCCCUUACACUCGAGCCAGGACAGACUGCUGCCAAUGACCGUGGUGACCAUGGCCAGUGCCAGGGUGCAGGACCUGAUCGGCCUCAUCUGCUGGCAGUACACAAGCGAAGGACGGGAGCCGAAGCUCAAUGACAAUGUCAAUGCCUACUGCCUGCACAUUGCUGAGGAUGAUGGGGAGGUUGACACAGAUUUCCCCCCACUGGAUUCCAAUGAGCCCAUUCAUAAGUUUGGCUUCAGUACUUUGGCCCUGGUUGAAAAGUACUCAUCUCCUGGUCUGACAUCCAAAGAGUCACUCUUUGUUCGAAUAAACGCUGCUCACGGAUUCUCCCUCAUUCAGGUGGACAACCCAAAGGUCACCAUGAGAGAAAUCUUGCUCAAGGCAGUGAAGAGAAGAAAAGGAUCUCAGAAAAUUUCAGGCCCUCAGUACCGCCUGGAGAAGCAGAGUGAGCCCAAUGUCCCCGUGGACCUGGACAGCACCUUGGAGAGCCAGAGCGUGUGGGAGUUCUGCCUGGUCCGCGAAAACAGUUCAAGGGCAGACGGGGUUUUUGAGGAGGACUCGCAGAUUGACAUAGCGACAGUACAGGAUAUGCUCAGCAGCCACCAUUACAAGUCAUUCAAAGUCAGCAUGAUCCACAGACUGCGAUUCACCACCGACGUGCAGUUAGGUAUCUCUGGAGACAAAGUAGAGAUAGACCCUGUUACGAACCAGAAAGCCAGCACUAAGUUUUGGAUUAAGCAGAAACCCAUCUCGAUCGAUUCUGACCUGCUCUGUGCCUGUGACCUUGCCGAAGAAAAAAGCCCCAGUCACGCCAUAUUUAAACUCACGUAUCUAAGCAAUCAUGACUAUAAACACCUCUACUUCGAAUCGGACGCUGCGACCGUCAAUGAAAUCAUGCUCAAGGCACCAUUUCUUUCCUUCCAUCCAUUGCCAGAAGCCCCUCGAGGCUCCUGGAGCAGACUCUGAGGAAACUGCUAUUAUUUGAAGACACCUUACUGUACCCAUGGUAACCGUAUCAAGCUGUCCAAAACACACCCCACUCCGUGCUGGAGUUUAUGUCCUGCCGCUCAACAGUGCUCGCCGAGCACCUUCGCGGGCCAGGCCAGUGUGUGAGACGCUGCGGGUCGGACUGGGAAAGGCCGCCCCGGCUCUUACUGGCCCAGGAGCCGGGGAGGCCUGAGGUGGCGUUUCUAAGGCGCUCCCAGUGCUGCAGCCGCUGCCCUGGGCACCCUCAGUGGCCCUGGACUGGCGGUUCUCAGACCUCCAGAUGGAAUCCUUUCCUCCAGCUGGUUCUCGGGAGCUGAUCAGAACGAAGAGGAGCUGCUUCGGCAGAGCAGGUCGUAAAGCCAGGGGGGCUCCACGUCGUCAGAUGCGUGGCCUCUGGGCGCCUCAGUGUCCCUGCCUGUGAAGUGGGGUCCUGGCAGCUGCACUGACCCACCCCACACAGGCCUGAGAGACACAAAUCCCGUGAGAGGCGAUAAACCCACUUAGGUGGUCCCUCAUUCUCUCCCUGAGAGUGGAAUCAUCAAGGAAUAAUCAUCGGAAGCAGCGAGGAUCCACCAGGGGCCUGCGCAGUGCGGGCGGGCUAAGCACCGCACACCGUUUCGUGGAUUCUUCACAUCAGCGGGCAGCGCUGUCUACGGGUUCCCCCUGCCCCGGUGAAACGGCUCAGGAAGAAAGGCACCUUAGCCAAGGCCAUGCUGGCAAAGCCAGAACUGGACCCCAGGCUCCAGACCCGGUGCGCCUACACCCCCAGAGUGUGCGACUGAGGGAGCUGAGUGGGGGUUUCACCAAAAUGGAGUUGUUUUACAGAAAGAUGCUGAGGCAGAGUCCUCAUGGCUGCAAGGUUUCCACAAGCAGUAGAUGAGGAUUCAAAAGCUGCUGCUGCUGGGAGCCAUCAGGAGCGGAGACAGAGUCGCACUGUCAGUUGGGGGGGACUAUAUAAGGUUCAUGGACCACCUGGAUCACAGCUCCCCUCACCCGGCCCCGGCCCCGGCCCCGGCCCCGGCCACGGGGACAGCGCCUGCCAGAUGCUUAAAACCAGCGAGCUAAGAGUUACUUGCCGUCUCGUCACCACACAGCACAGGGAACUUGGAGUAUUCAGGGCCUAGGUAAAGAAAUAUUCCAUUACCCUGUCAGGGCUGGGGUUUUUUUUAUAGCCAGCAUUAAAAUAUUCAAGACUUGAGAAGGAUUCUAGUAAAAUUAUAAUCCUGUGUUUGACAUCAAAUAAUUUUCACAACAGCAGAUUGAUGACGGAAACACAGGUUUAUGACUUCGGUAUGAGACCGUGGAAGAGCGAGUGCAGAGAAAUCAUCUCCCAGGACCACAUGCUCCCCGAAGCAGAUGCUUUCCCGCAGAAUCCCCAGGCCCGCCGCCGCCCCAAAAUGUCUGCUUUCAUAUCAAUUGUUCGUAGAAAUACUGCCUCCUGCACGAGGCUCCGGGCAGUCACGUGUGCUCGGGCCUGACUGGUGAGGGAGCGGAGGGCCCCGGUCCUGGCGGGAGGUUACAUCUCGCCCUCCUGCCGACUCCUGUGGCGAUCUGAAUGCCGGCCUUGUGGCCUUCCCACGGUGUCUGCGUGAUUGCACCAGCACCCGUGACUGCGGCCCCGCCCUGUCCGGGCGUUUGGCAGAAAUGUUUCCAUCACAGGCUCCCCAGGGCUCGGUCUUAGGCACUAGUAAUCCUCUAGAAUUCAGGUGUUUUGCAUAAAAUGAACGCUUUCGACUGAAACUGAAAGAGGAAACAAGGGCCAGAGGCUGAUGUCAAAGAAACUAUGAUGAGCAGGCAACUCUCCAUCCGGUUAUUUUUCCUCAUUGUGUUCCUCCCUGUGCAGAAACAUUAAUACCUCCCGUUUACUGAGCAGAACUUCACAGGCAUGACCGCGUUCGGUCUUCACAGCUGGCCUGCAGUGUGGACGCGCCUUAUCCCCAUUCUGUGGAUGAGGAGAGGGAGGCCCGGACCAGAGCGCAGAGGGCGGGCGUCAGCGGGCGGGCUGAGGGCUCCCGGGCCAGGCCUUCCGGCCGGGAUGUGAUUGAGCGGAGCCGCAUGCGGUCCCCGUUCUGCAGGCUUUCAGAUGAAUCUCGGAGGAAUCGUUGGUCUCUUCAAAUCGGGUUCUUCUCAUGAUCGAGUGAUGGAGGCUGUGGCUUUAUUGGCCAUGAAAACUCCCUAUAUUUUUAUGCCUCGAGCUGUAAAACGCAUUGAAAGUGAAGCACUCUAUAGUGCAUAAAAUUGUGCAAGUUUUAAGCCACAGCGUAUUAACCAGCUAAUGGCAGACCAAAGGGCGUUUUUAUCUUUUGAUUAUUACAUUAAUCUUCCAUUAAAAUUAUCUAUGUGAUUAUCACAAAGCACUGAAGAUCACAAAUUUAGGAACUAGUUGGCUACUUACGGAUCAUCGUGAAAUGCUCUUGUCAAGUUGGGUGUGCCGAAAACACUAGGUCGGCUGAGAUGCAAAGAUUGCUCUCAUUGAGAAUGAUAAAACCUUAUUUCCACAUGCUGUCUGGAGUGUCCUGAUCGUCAGCAGGCCCUGCGGCCUCAUGAUUUAUUGCUCUCAGCUGGUAACUUGGCGAGGCGGUGGGCCAAGCGUGUCAGGCCUUCUGUACGCACACCCGGCCUUUAAUGCCUGCUGCUGGCGACUAUCAGAGCAGAAAGUUUGGAGGGAGCUCGGCGCCGGAGCCUCGGCCUCGGUGAGGCAUGCCGCCCCUCGCUGCCUCCGCUCCGGGAGGAGAAUCCGCAGAGGUGGUGGCGGUUCCUGUGCCGAGUGCUCAGGUGCCUAGUCAUGACUUGAUGUCUGUGAGAGGGAGGAGACGUGGUGUUUGCUCACGAAGCUCCAGCCAGAGGAGCUGGGGCCGUGGGGGCAGUGCUGUCAGGGCGGGAGGGGGUGGGUGCCUCUGGAGAGGUGGGGCCCGGAGAACGGAAGGGGUGUCUGUCAGGGCCUGCACUCACCCACCCCGGUCCUGGCCCCGACGCUAGCUUUGUGACCUGGAGGACGUGUCAUUACUGUCCCGUGCCUCAGCCUUCUCAUCUGCAUGUUGCAGUGAUAAAGGCACCCUACUCGUAAGGCUCUUUAAUCCUCGGAAAGCACUCCAGCCCUGCUGCUGCCCAGGCAGGGGCUGGUCCUCGCCGCUGGCGCAGGCCUGCUCACGGCACCGCUGCCCUUCCAGGCUCCUCCCCACCUCGCCUUGACCGCCACUGAGCUGCUGCUGAAUGGAGAGCCUUGAUUUGGUUUAGUUUUCAUUCCUAUGACGUUUUCGUCCUUCAGACGGGGCAGGUGGGGCUCAGGGAAGUUAUGUGCAAGCCCAGGGGUGCACAGCGCCCCCACAGUGCUGGCGGGCAGGCCGUGCCAGCACCGUCCUCCAAGCCUGCGUCUCCCAUCCUAAUGCAUCUCGGCCCAGCCUGCUGGGCUGCUGGGACCCUGCACUCCAAGCACAGGAGGCCCCGAGGGGCGCACACAUGCAGAGUCCUAUCCGUGCCGUCUUUGUCACCCUGGGAGAGCGGGUGGCUGCAGGCGCGUGACCCGUGUGUCCUCUUGCUUCCAGGUCAACUACAUCCUGGAGUCACGAGCCAGCACUGCCCGGGCUGACUAUUUUGCUCAAAAACAAA